AUGAAUCUCGAUCCCCUGACUGGCCGCCCGCUCCCCUCCACCGCAAUCCAACGUAUCCUGUACCUUGCACCCAAGGUCCACAUAUACCAAAUCCCACCCGCAACCUCCACAAAAGGCUACCAAGCUGCAAGCUGGACAGCAAACAACAACAAGCUGCAGAUCUUCACCGCACGGCUACGCGUCGUCGAGACGUCCAUACCUUCCGAACAAAACGCCGAUGAAGAGAAAGUGAGCACAACCAUACUGUUGGAGGAUCCAAAAAAUGGGGACUUGUUCGCCGCGGCGCCCUAUACGAGUGAACGCAUAGUCGAACAAGCGCUGGACAGCAGCCGGUUCUUCGCCAUCACAGUGGUAGGCGAGGGGCGCAAAGCAGUGCUGGGCAUGGGGUUCGAGGAACGGUCCGAGGCAUUCGACUUCAGCAUCGCACUGCAAGACGCACGGCGCGUGCUAGGCUUCGAAGCCAACCCCACGGCAACAGCUGGGCCCGGUGCGCGGCCGUCUUCCAAGUCAUCACAACAAGGGGUCGAGGAGCCAAAGCGCGACUUUAGUCUCAAGGCGGGCGAAACGAUAUCGAUAAACCUCGGUGGUCUAAAGGGUAGGCGGUCAAGAUCACAUGAAGGGGAGCAGAGUGAGCCGGAGCAGCAGAAGAGCGAGCAGGAAGCGCUGUUUAGUAUAAAACCGCCGCCGGGAAGCGGUGGUGGUGGUGGUGGGGCUGGCUUUCUUCCUCCCCCUCCCAGCGCCAAAAGCGUCAAGGAGGAAAGGAGAAGGAGUAGGCAGAGCUUCGAGCGGAGCCCAGACCCAACGCCGCAGGACCUCGGAUUCGACGACGGGGAAUUCGGGGAGUUUCAAUGA